AUGCUUGCUCCCAUUAUUCUGGUUUCUACGCUGGCAGCAGUGGCGACUGCACAUCAAAACCUCCAUCAGUUCUGGGUCAAUGAUGUUUCUCCUGGCUACGAAAUUGGAAUCCGUCGAGCUCCGAGCAAUAAUCCCGUUACGGAUGUGACCAGCAACGACAUCACGUGUAACGUCAACGGAAACAACGUUCCAUCAGGAGUGACGACUGUUGCUGCGAAGGCAGGCGAUACGAUCAAAGUUCAAUGGGACUCGUCCACGCACCCUGGUCCCAUUACACACAUGCUGUUCGGGCCUGUCAGCGAUGCUUCUCAAGCGACCGGAGUAGGCUCGUGGGUCAAGAUCGACGAGUUGGACUACGAGAACGGAAAGUGGGCGAACGAGAUCAUGGAAGCACAGAAUAUGACACACGAGUUCACAUUGCCAAGCAAGCUCAAGAGUGGUGAUUAUCUGGUUCGCAGUGAGAUGCUCGCACUUCACGGCUCACAAACCCAGGGUGGUGCUCAAUUCUACAUUGGCUGCAUGCAAAUACGCGUCUCCGGCUCAAGCUCAGGAAGCUGCAGUCCGAGUAUCAAACUCCCGGGAGCUUACAAAGCGACCGAUACCGACAUCUACAUCCCCAAUUUCUACAACGGAUUCGACCCAACGACAUAUGUGGCUCCAGGAGGCGCGGUGGCGACAUGCUCAUAG